CCACAGUCGCCGGUAUUUCUGUUAACCUUGACAGAGGAAGCCGAGCCCGAGUUUCGUUUUCAGUGGCAGUUUCCUCUCAGCGGCAUGUUAGGUAUGCCUGCUCACGUGGAAAGUCCGUUUCGGCCGCUGCGUACAUGUGUGCUACACACACCCAUUGUAAACAGGCCCUGCAUAGGUUCACCAUAUACCCGUAAAAAAACUGCAGCGAACUGUUUGAAUGUGUGUCCGACGCACUCGCACGCGUUUCCAGACUCUCAUACGUUUGCCAAUUUCCCUUGUAUGGCACCGACAGCGGAAACGCGUCCAAGUGCAUGUAAUUUCGUCUGGAUUUUCAAGGUUUCAAGACUCAGUGAACCCCUUCGUCCGCCGGUGUUCCUCUGACUGUUCAGUCCGAAAAAAGUUACAGCGGGUGAAACUGACCCUACUAUCCACUCUGUUCGAAGCCUCGGACUCCUCAUAAAGUCUUGAAAGUGUUUAAACACUAAGGUAGUUUUCUAUCUUCGACCCUGGUGGUAGCCGUUACCCGCUGCGGCUUGGACUUCGGUCCCCCGACCUAAAGCGUUUGCGCUGGCGGAACUGUUUAUUGAAUUCUCGCGUUGACAAGUAGGUUCCAAGUGUGCUUUUCCACAGGAAUUCCUGCAUGUUCAACAUGUCAGCAGCUCACGUCGCCCACGUCUGGGCUGUCCGGUCUUCGCGGCCAGAUUCGCAGCCACGUCCAAACACCGCAAGUGGCGGUCGCGAGUACUGCCUCCGUACCGCGCCAGCGCUUUCAAGAAGACCGUCAAUUCUUGGUCUCCAGGCAGUUUGCGGAAUGCCCCCGCGCAGAAAAUCUCCCUUCUUCCUCUGCCUUUCCUACGGCUUGUGUAUCUGCUCACUCCUCUUUUUACUCCGUAGUGCGGACCCGUCCACUGCCUUGCACGCACCGCCGCCUCCGAGCGGCACGGAACCUUCUUCCAGGCCCUCCAGGAGGCCUUCCAGACCGAAUCAUUCCCCCACGGCAAAUGCCAACCAAUCCACAACCUCCAAUUCAUUAGCCGCCACGAACGAAAACUCCAACUCUGGCGGUGAGACAGACAACGGCUCCGGUACUUCGACGUCUACGGUGUCUACGACAGAGUCGACGGAUUCGUCGAGCGCAAGUCCGGAAACAUUCAUCUUGCCUAAGACCGCGGAGUGGGUGUGCCGGAACGCGGAGUCUGGGGAAGGGUGCGGUCCGUACUUCAAUGUGAAGCUGAAUGGAGUCGGAGCACACUGUCCGGCAGACGAGUGCUGCAGCAAAUACCGGCACGGCUGCACCAAGCUUCCGCUGCACUGCGAGAUCGCGAACACGCAGUACUUGCCGGACUUUUCGUACGGCAAGUGCAGCGAGGCGGCGCAGUGUUGGCAGUGCGGUCCGAACGCGAAGUGCAAGGUGGUCAGUGGCCGGAACGGCGGCGUGUACUGUGACUGCUUGCCACCGUUCGUGGGGAAGGGCGGCAACUGCACGUUGGAGACCUGCCAGAGCGUGAACCCGUGUGGCGCGGGCACAUGCGUGUCUUUGGAGAACGCGAAAACGGACUACACAUGCAAGUGUAACCCGGGCUUCACGCUCCUUGACAACAGCGCCAAGUCGCUGCCGCCGGUCUGCGUGGACGUGUGUCUGCUGAACAGCUGCGGCGAAGACGCCGCCGUGAAGAAGUGCGUUGCGGGGAACGAUGACUACAUGUGCAUCUGCAACCCGGGGUACCGGCUGGUAACGCUCGCGGGUGGCAUUCGCAAGUGCCUGCCCUUCGAUCCGUGCGAAGUGAACCCGUGCGGGCCGUCGAACGCUGUGGAAAGCUGCACAGCCGAUGGUUUGUCCUACAAAUGCACGUGCAAAGAAGGGUACGUCGAGAGGUACACGGAACGCCAGGCAAUGUGCAUCGAAGAGGCGCGGUGCCACCCGCCGUUCUGCCGAGAAACACCGCCGCCAAAGAUUCCCAUUCCGACGACGAGCACCACUACCUCGACACCCGGCAGCAACAGCUCGACUUCCCCAAACAAGCCAGGAGACGGCAACGCUGCGGACGACGAAACUGACGUCGCCAUGAUCGUGGGCGCGAGCGUCGGGGGGGUCGUUGGCUUCCUCGCGCUCGCGUGCGUGGCGUACUGGUGCAUCCGGUCGCGGAGCGACAAGAAUCCCCGGGACGACGCGAAAAACACGGAGAAGGAUGAACUCAUCCCCCGAACUCGAGAAGGGAUCUUCGGCGACCUGGUCGACGACGAGGGAAAACCCCUCGAUGACGCCGUCGACGCAGACUGGGAAAGACGCAGAAGAACUCGCGAGGCCAGUGAAGCGAGCUCGGCAAGCAGUUCAAGCAGCUCCAGUAGCUCCAGUAGCUCCAGCAGUGCCAGCAGCGCCAGCAGCGCCAGCAGUGCCAGCAGUGCCAGCAGAUCCUCCAGCCGAGAUUCCAGACGAGACAGCGUGAGCACGCGUCGAACCAGCAGCAGCUCUUCGAUUGCUUAACGCGCCGGAAAAAAAGGAGAAACACUCACAAAUAAUGCGAAGUAAAAAUUGUUCGCGACCUAGGUAACCUGACACACACACGGGGUAACGCUCGGUAGCCGGCACAUCUUGAGCCGCUUGGUUUCCAGGAUACAAGUUCCAUUGCGCUUUCCACGGCAUUCGUGUUAAGCGCGGUACUUGAAGUGGUGUCCGGUGAACUUUUCAGAAAACAGUAUCACUUUACCAGCAGGGCGAAUACACCUUUGUAGCCACUCUUGUAGUCUACCAAUUGAACGGCCACACUGUCGACAGCGGAACGAGAACAUUUCUGUGGGAUUAGUGGUUGAUACCACCGAAUCGCAGACGCGCCUGUCACGUUCCCAGCCAACAAAGACGGGACACGAUGCUGCGUUGCAGCCGUCGACAACACAGAGGCGUCGCUCUUCACAGUCCGUUUUGCCGACCGGUUUUCCUAGGGACUCUCGUGACAGGGAAUUUCAAACAACGCGGGGGGAACUCGUGCCACGAGCAAGCCGUAUAAUUUCACAUGUCGUUUUACGACACUAUGUGUUAAUCCGUGUUUCGAAACAGAAACUACUCCGGUGAGUCUGCUCUUCAGUUGUCCGUUGCCUUUUAAAUCUGAUGUUUUG